UAAAGGCGUGCGACACCACCCCUGGGGAAAGCAGGGGGAUUUCUAAUUGGAAGACACCCUGGCAUACAUAGUUAUUUCCGGGCUAAUCUGUGAUACAUCCUGAGAUGUCUCAAAAGACAAAACACUCUAUCCAACAAAAAACUCAAAUAGCCAACAAAUGCAUGAAACAGCGCCCAAUCACAGUGGUUAUUGAGACAUCAGAAAUCCAAUCAGGGAUCAAAACCAAAUGCUGAUGUGAUGUGAGGGGAAUUCGCACACGUUGUUGAAGUGGAUUUGACCAGCACCGCCAUUACAGAAAACACUAUGAAGAGUUCUCACGAAACACGAUAUGAUCUAGCAGCUCCACAAUUGGUUAUGUUUCUAAAGAAGAUGAAUAAUUAUACCAGAGACAGACCUGCUCUUCCAUGGCUACUGCAGCUGUGUUCAUGAUAGCUCAGGUAUGCAGCCAACCUACUCCUUUGCUACGAAGUGGAGGGAACUGGUGGUCACGCCAAGUGUAAUAAAUCAGGCAGCUAGAGGAACACCAUGUGUGCUAAUCCUCUGUGGAAAGGAAAAAGGUUGAUCUUGCUAAAGAGCAGAGUAGGUGGUGGUCCCCAGAGACUGGGUGUGGUACAGGGAGUGGAAAACAGCUAAGAUUCACCAACAGAGAACGGCUUCUAGGGUUAGCACAGUGGGUGAACCCUCUGUUAAAACAAUGUACCACUCUUCGAAGUCAAUCAAAAAGCAUGAGAUCCCCAACAUACAAUGGCAAUUAACACUUGAAGAGCUGGAAAUGCUUCCCACAUUAAUUAUUGUAUAUUGUUUACAAAUAUAUCUUGUGAAAACUUAAUUUGUGUGUCUGUGUGCACACCUGCGUGAGUUCAUGUGACCCUUGUGCAUAGAGGCUAGGAGAAAGUCUCAGACGUGUGAUCCCACCAAAUGUCAGGACCAGGAGAAGACUAAGAGGUCUCAGGCUAGCCUGAGCUAAACAGUAAAACACUGCCCCAUAAACAAAGAAACACACACAAUCCAUACAUAACCCCAAGGGAUCAAUGUGUCAGGGUGACUAUCAAGAGGGUGAGGCCUUCAAGACGCCAGCCACUGUGAACAUGAACACACGUAUGGGGAGGGUACCAUGCCAUCAUCUUUGAAUCAUCAUCAGCCUCUGAAAAGCCAAAUUUGGAGCUAGGAAGAGUGACUAUUGUCUUCCCCAUGGACUGCAAGCCUAAUCCCACUGGUGCUAUAACACACAGCUAAGGGAGUUGGCUCCCUGGCCUGAUCCAACAGCCUGGUCUCCCCUCUCAGAGCGGGUUAGGACACUCCUGUCUAUGGAUCGAGGGCUUUAGAGGUCGGAAAACAGAUACCAGAGUGUGUGCACCUAAGGUAUCUCCAGGAUCCCUGAUCUGGAACAUCUGGGGUUAGCUGAGCAACUGACAACAGGAAGGAUGGGAGAGCUGUGGGGGAGGGGUGUUCCGUAUGGCUGAGAGAGCUGUGGGGAUGUUAUGUCCUCUCUCAAGGUAGUCUCACAUUAUAGAGUCCAUAGUCUGUCACAGCACAUCUCUCCAUCUUGCCAAAGGAACUUAGUGAUGGGACACUGGAACUGACUCUGAAAGAAACCACCAAGAAUGGAAGGUAUCUGAGAGGGCACAGAGGUCAGAGGCACCAGGAAGACACCCAGCCAGCAAGCUAAGGUCACAGACUGGGAAGUAACCACCACUUAACGCCCCAGCAUAGAUGGGAUAAUACUGGGUCUCAAUGUCAGGGAGAGCAGCUGCUGCGGCUGCUGCUUAACACAGUUGAUGCCCCAUAGCAUCAACUGAUUCAAGAAGGCCAUGGCAGACAUGGCCUCAGUGACACACUUAGCCUCCUCGUCUUCCAAGUAGACCCUAUGUGGCUUUGUAUAAGGUUGGGGGAGCACUUCAGUCUUGGGCUCCCCAGAUGCAGGGACUGAGGCUGGGGCAAAUGCCAGAACAUUUGUGUGUCAGGCUGGUGGCCAUGUUGCUCUUGGUAGUAAUUUUCCUCCCAAGUACAUUCUGUGACACAGGAUCUGUAUAUUACUCUUCCUAUGAGACGGUCAUCCCCAAGAGAUUGCCAGUCCAGGGGAGUGAAGUUCCCGGAGGGAGGGCGUCCUACAUGCUGCUGAUGCAGGGCCAGCAGCAGCUGCUUCACCUGAAGGUAAAGGGAGACCACUCCGUGAAUAUCUUCCCAGUCUACAGUUACCACAAUGGCCUCCUGGGGCAAGAGAUGCCGCUCCUCUCACAGGACUGCCACUAUGAAGGCUACAUGGAAGGGGUGCCGGGCUCCUUUGUUUCCGUCAACAUCUGUUCAGGCCUCAGGGGCGUCCUGAUUAAGGAGGAAACCUCCUACAGCAUCGAGCCCGUGCUCUCUUCCAAAGGGUUCGAACACAUCCUGUACACCGUGGCACGUCAGCCUCAGGUCUCCUGCAGUGUCACUCCCCAAGACAGCCCAGGGGACACCAGGCAGCAGCGCGGGAGCAGGAAGAAGCCCGAUGACCUGCAGGAGCUGUCUGACUUGUGGUCACACACCAAGUAUGUGGAGAUGUUUGCUGUGGUCAACCACCAGCGGUUCCAGAUGUGGGGCAGCAACGUCAACAAGACGGUCCAGGCAGUAGUGGACAUCAUUGCUCUGGCCAACAGCUUCACUAGGGGACUAAACACAGAGGUGGUGCUAGUGGGCAUGGAAAUCUGGACGGAGGGGGACCUGAUAGAGGUCCCGGUGGACCUGCAGGCUACACUGAGGAAUUUCAACCGCUGGAGACAGGAGAAGCUCGUGGACCGGGCCAGGCACGAUGUCGCACACUUGAUCGUCGGGCAUCACCCAGGACAGAAUGAGGGCCAGGCGUUUCUCGACGGUGCCUGUUCAGACGUGUUUGCAGCAGCUGUGGAAGCCUUCCAUCAUGAAGAUGUCCUGCUGUUUGCAGCGCUCAUGGCCCAUGAGCUGGGACACAACCUGGGUAUCCAUCACGACCACCCGGCCUGCGGCUGUGACCCUAAGCACUUCUGUCUCAUGCACGAGAAUAUCACCAAGGACAGUGGCUUCAGCAACUGCAGCUCUGACGACUUCUACCGUUUCCUCCACGACCACAGAGGGGCCUGCCUGCUUGACAAGCCUUGGCGCCAAAGCCGCAAGCAGAGAGCUGCCCGUUGUGGAAACGGUGUGGUGGAGGAGCCCGAGGAGUGUGACUGUGGCAGGGCCUGUGACAGGAACCAGUGUUGUAAUGAAAAGUGUAAAUUUAAGGAGGGUGCACAGUGUAAUGAUGAGCCUUGCUGUUCUCGAUGUAAAUUUAAAAAGAUGGGACAGAUUUGUCGUCCUGCUGAUGGAGCAUGUGACCUGGACGAGUUCUGUAAUGGGACCUCUGCAGUAUGUCCUGAGGACAGGAGAGUACAAGAUGGCUCUAUAUGCCAUGAAUUAUACUUUUGUCUUAAGGGUCAAUGCCUGGACCCUAGCUCUCAAUGCUCACGUAUUUUUGGGUAUGGUGCACAGUCUGCCUCAGAUGCAUGCUACAGCUCUCUGAACAGCAAAGGGGACCGGUUUGGAAACUGUGGCCUUUCUUCUGAGUCUCCAAGAACUUAUGUCAAAUGUUCAGAUCAAAAUACGAUGUGUGGGAAACUUAUAUGUACAGAAUUAGGCUUCUUACCACCAAUUAAACACAAACACAUACUGAUCCAGGUCCCUCAUACAGUGGACUGGUGCUGGAGCAUGGAUGCUUCUGAUGAUGAAACAGAAGGCGCUGAUGAAGGAUAUGUGAAGAACGCAACUAACUGUGGCACCCAGAAAGUUUGUAACAAUUUCCUUUGUCAAGACUCGCUCUUCACGUUCUUCCCCGACACUUCCUGCACUGCAGAUCUAUCUUGUAAUGGACAUGGAGUUUGCAAUGAUUUAGGGAACUGCCAUUGUUCAUUUGGAUUUGCACCCCCCGACUGCAAAAAUGAAGGAAAUGGAGGCAGUGUGGACAGUGGUCCCCCCACUCAACCAUCAAACGAAAAUCCUACAGGAGAUGUGGGUCUAAAUGAGCAAAGUGAAAAUGAUUUGACACUUAACUUAAAGCUGAUAGUUCUGGCUGCCAUUUUGAUACUCAUAAUCCUCUUUAUAACCAUAUGCAUCAUGCUUGCCUAUGAUAAGUCAGAGCUGCCUUCUGAAGCAGAGCCUUCAGAGUUAGAGAAGUUUCCAGAAGGGACUGAAGAGGAAGAGGAGGAAGAGGAGGAGGAGGAGGAGGAAGAAAAAGAGGGAGAAGAGGAGGAGGAAUAAGUGGGGAGGAACAUAAAGCCAAUAGCUGAGCCUUCUGCAGCCCUGAGAAUGAGAUGCUCAGUAAUGCAAAGGCUGUGCGAACUGAGAGCUGGGAGGCUCUCACUAGGACUCCAGGGCCUAAAGACACACUGGAGGGAAAUAGGAGCCUCUGUCCUUAGAGCUGGUUGAGGAGUGUUUACACAGUCAGUAUUUCAGUACUUUAGUUUUCAAU